AUGUCUGACGGUCUCACUCAGCAUCAGCUGAAUCUCAUCAGCGACAUCGAACGAGUCUGUUCGGUCAUUUCUCUUCUAGGAUGUGUCUUCGUCGUGGUUACAUUCUGUGCCUCGAGCUCGUUCCACAAGCCUAUCAACAGACUUGUGUUUUAUGCCUCAUUUGGUAAUAUGAUGACCAAUGUAGGGACGCUCAUGUCUCGUAGCUAUCUCAGUUCACCGAACUCCCCCGGAUGCCAGCUACAAGGAUUCCUCAUUCAGAUGUUUAUGCCUGCAGAUGCAUUCUGGACGCUAGCCAUGGCGUUCAAUGUCUAUCUGACAUUUUAUCACAAAUAUGACGCUAGGAAGCUGCGAAGAAUGGAGAUACCCUACUUGCUUUGCUGCUAUGGUAUUCCUUUUAUUCCUGCCUUUGUAUACAUCUUUCUCAAGAACAAGGACGGGUAUCGAGCAUAUGGUAAUGCCACUAUCUGGUGCUGGAUCACAACUGAGUGGGAUAUUUUCCGUAUCGCUACGUUCUAUGGCCCCGUUUGGGUCGUUAUUUUCGCCACCUUUUUCAUCUAUAUCCGAGCUGGACGAACAAUCUACGAAAAGCAUAAGCAACUCAACGACUUUCACUCAUCUGAGGGCCUAUCUUCUAUCGACGUCAUCACUACUCUCAGGACAACUGAAGUAACGGUCACCACUUCAGAAGCCAACCCCGGAAACCUCAACGCGAAUGGCUCCCAAGGCCACCGACCGUCUCUUACAGAGCCCGACUCACAAAAUCCCAACUACUCUGUGCAUAUCUCGGCUAGUAAGGCCGCCGCGGAUGACAAAAUUCAGCCUGUUCCAGCUCCUGAAAUCGAAGCUGUCAAGAAAUCCAGACUCGGAAGAGGAAACCGCCCGCCGAACGCUCGACGACGCAAUUACGAAAUCAACAACGCAGCUUGGGCUUACGCUAAGUGUUCUCUUCUUUUCUUUACAGCACUUCUCAUUACAUGGAUUCCGUCAAGUGCCAAUCGAGUCUACUCUGUGGUGAAAUCGCAGGAGAUCAACGCACCACUUGAAAUCAUGAGUGCCUUUGUGCUUCCGCUCCAGGGAUUUUGGAACGCUCUCAUUUACGCUGUAACAUCAUGGGGUGCCUGCAAGAGCUUUUUUGAGGAUCUAAGAUCUGGCAAACGGCCAGAGGUGAUGGAGUUGGUUGGAGGAAUGGGUGCGCAAGACGAAAACAGCCGCCACAGCCGCCGUAUAAGCCAGUUUAGGCCAGGACGCGCGAAUAAGGGUCUCGACUCGGAGAGUAUGACGGAGCUGGCCAACACCCGGACACACUCAGCAGAUGCUCAUUCGGCGGAGACCAGCUCACAGUAUGGACGCUCAAGCACUGGAUAA